AGGGAUCUGAUGAUGGGACCGACGGGAUUCCGCCAUUGUCCCUCCUGCGUCAGUACACCUGGCAUCACGGCCUGAGGCCCCCUCUAGUUCUACUCUCCCUGUGGCCUCCACCGCCACCCUCUCCCAUCCACCUCUUCCUGUAGAAACUGUUCCUCCUAGUUCCAUCCCCAUAGCAGCAGCCUUGCUCUGGCCCUUACCUGGUCAGGAUGGAGAAGGGCCUGAGGCAGUGAGAUGUAGAUGCUGAUCAGCAGCCUGGCUGACUAGCAUCCCUGAACCCUGAACAUUUACAGAAUUGGAGCAGAUGCCUUACUGGGAUGCCAAAGAAAUCCAGGCUCAGGCGUUCUGUUACACUGAGUGUGAGGGUCAGGCAUCACUCAGGGCUGGGCUGCCCAGCUCAGUCCUCUUCCCCAUACAGUUGGGCUGUCUGGGGUCCAAAGAGGGUCAGGUCCUUGUCUUCUGGGCUGCCUGGUGGGCAGUGGAGUCUGGGUUCCACACAGUCCCCGCCUGCUCCGAGUGGAGCUUGCAAGAGACGGGGGCCUGGGAAGGAAGUGACUGGGACCAGGCUUCCUGCCUCUGGCUGAAUAGUGUUGCCCCUGUUCUCACUCCUUCCCCCCAUCCUUGGGGGCUCCUUUCUGUGUGUGCCCCUAGACAGUGAUUCCGGCCUGCCUUUCUUCUGGGUUCCUGCGCUCCCCAGCGUGGCUUUUAGGGCAGUCCGUGCCUGGGCCUGGGCUGGGGCUUGGGUUCUGGCUCUGGGGCUGGCAUAAAGAUGAUGGCGGUCUUAUGUAUGGUGGGGCCCUCUGUUCCCAUGCCUCAGUUUUCCCAUCUGGACAGUGGGUACUGGGCCACGCCAAUGGUUCCUGACCUGCGGAGCCCCUUUCCUCUCAUCUUUGUACCCAAACAGCCUCUCCUGAGCAGUGCCUGCAUCAGAUAGAGCUCUGGGGUCACCUGCGGAGAAGCCCAUCUUUUUGGCUUGGACGGUCUGGCCAGUAGGCACAUGUGGGGAAGAGGUGACUUUGACACUGAGGCUGGAGCUGUGUCCCCCUCAGAGCCCACUGUGGCCAGAUAUGAGCCAGAGAAACUUGCCCUGGCUCGGAAGUCACCGGCCCCCAAGGUCAGGAAGCCAGGGAGGAAGCCACCAAGCCCUGGCCCAGAGAAAGCAGAGGAAGCUGCUGCGAAAGAGUCCUGUGGUGCCUCCGCUACCCCUCCUGCCAGCACCAGCCCACCUGGCCGCACGCUGAAGGCCCGCUUCCGCAGUCUGCUGGAGACCACCUGGCUCAAUGGGCUGGCCCUGCCUACCUGGGGCCACAAGGCCUCAAGACCAGACCGGCCUUCGCCCCACCUACAGCUGCUGGACAGCCAGAACCCUCACCUGUAGCGCUGGUUGCCGGUGCCGUGUGUACGGCGGUCACUCUCCAGCCUUCCUUCUGCCUGCCCAGCUGCCUGGGCCAGGAGUGGAUGCUGCGGCCAUGGCUGCUCUCCUGGAUGGGGUCCAGUUCUGACCCUGGGGCCCACCCAGGGUGGGCUGAGAGCCCCUGAGCUUUUCAUGUGAGGGUCUUUAUUGGAAGGAGUCCUUCCUGUUUCUCCCUAGAGAACACACACAUGGGCUCCAGACAGGCCUGGGCUUGAAACCCGGCUCGUGUUCUUGCUGCGUGACCUGGGCAAGACACGUCACACAGCAGAGGGCUCUAUUGAGCCCUCAUUCCCCACGUGGAAAAUGGGAGAACGCCACCUUUCUCACAGGGUUGUCGUGGGGAUACUGCCUGACACGUACUCCGUCACGGGUUGGUCUCUGCUUCCUCCCUGGGAUGGCGGAGAAUCGGAGCCAGAGAACCUUCCUAUAGAAAGUCUUCGUGUGUUCUAGGACGUGGCUGUCGAAGAGUGGUGCCUUAUGGAGUGGAUGUGACUCACACCUUUAGGAUUCACCCCCAGCACCUGGGGUUGGGUUGGCCCCAGCCCUCCAGCCUGGAGCUCCCUGAGGGAGCCUGCACUGCCCACUCCCAAUCCCCAGUGAUGGUGCAGGGAUGCAGCCUGGAGCUGGUGUCCUUGUUCUGGGGCUGCCACUGCCACCCCAGGAGGCCCCAGGCCUGUCCUGAAUCGAUGUCAGUGCUUCCCUGAACUGCCUCCCCCACCCCAGGCAUUCUCCCAGGAAACUUGCGUUUUCUAGGAGCGAAGCAGCUGCUGGGAUUCAGGGACUGGUGCAGGCAGGCUGAGUGGCAGCUCAGGCUCAGAAGGCCUCUGAUCGUCUGGACUGAGGACCCUGCUGCUCCCCAAGCCAGAACCCAUCAGCCAGGCCCACUGGCAGCCACCUGCCUUCGGAGGGCUGAGUUGAGCCAGAGGCUGGCAAGCUCUGGAUCUUAUUUAAGGGAUGUUGAUGAGCCUCUGGGCCUUCGAGGCAGCCAUUAAAGCACCUGGCUUGUGUUUGGAA